AUGGGCCACCUUGAAUCCAUGGAGGCGUGCUCAACGUGCGCCAGUCUCCUAUCCGCAGCUCCCGCCUACUCUGAGAAGCCCCUACCCGAUGACCGCAGGGUAGCCUGCUGCGCGCGGGUCAUCUGUGGCAAGUGUAUCCAGUCGAAUCGCAGAUUUGCAGAGUACUGCCCUUAUUGCCAAAUAUCAUCCGGCCCCUCAGCGCUGCCCCAGGGCCUGAGGGAUCCGCCUGCGUAUGAGGCAGCCUCAGCACCCAAGGCGUCAUCACACGACACAGCGCCACCACCAUACGCACCACCCUCGACGGCCGCCCAUGUGAACGAUGAGAAGGGCGCGCUCGCUGCCGCCGCGGUGCAAAAGGAUGCCGAUGACGCGGAAGACACGCUGCAUUUCCUCAACCACAACCACGACACCGUCUCCUCGCUGUCUCUUCGCUACGGCGUCCCAGCGUCCGCGCUCCGCCGCGCGAACAACUUGACUUCAGAUCAUCUUCUCCUCGGCCGACGGACCGUCCUCAUCCCAGGCGCGUACUACAAGGGCGGCGUCAGCCUAUCGCCGAGGCCGGUUGAGGGCGAGGACGAAGAGCGGAGGAAGGCCAAGAUCCGGAGGUUCAUGACCUCGACCAAGGUGUCCAAGUACGAGGUCGCGCUGCUCUACCUGGAGCAAGCCGACUACAAUCUCGCCGCGGCGAUGGAGACCUACUUUGUCGACGAGGCGUGGGAGAAGGAACAUCAGUUCCCCGGUCACGGCAAGACGGCAAAAAAGGGGAAACAGAGAGAUGGAACAAAAUCUUGGAACAGCAGCCGUCUGCCCUAG